GCUUUGGUCCGAGAAGAAUGGCGGUGCCAACCCAGAGGAAGCCGAGACGGUCAAGCUUCUCUGUAUGAGUCCACCGAUCGAGAAGAUGGACUCCUCGCUCAACCAGCUGGUCAAUGUGAAGCAUCUAGCGCUGUCCACGAAUUGCAUUGACAAGAUGAUCUCCCUGCCAGCCUUGAAGAACAUCGAGGUGCUGUCUCUGGGCCGGAACUUGAUCAAGAAGAUCUCGGGACUCGAGGAGAUUGGCUCCACUCUCAAGGAGCUCUGGAUCUCAUACAACCAGAUCUCUGCCUUGGAUGGCCUUGCGCCAUGUGUCAAGCUUACGACCCUCUUCAUCUCGAACAACAAGAUCAAGGAUUGGCCGGAGCUAGACAAGCUCCAGGCGAACCAG